AUGGACUUGCUCGAUGUGCUUCCUGAUUUCGACCUCAAACCCCAUACACACCUUCUUCACUCCUUGGAUAAAAACAACGUUACGGUUUCACAGCUGGUUGCCCUCGCACCUACGGAGAUCGCGCGCAUAUGUCCCCUUCCACCGCGCGACGUUGACAGGCUAGUGAAAGAUGUCGUCAAGGCUCUUCAGCAGGAUAUGCUGAGAGGGGUGAAAAGGAAGCGCAAGAACACAGCAGACACAUUGGGCGAACUUCGAAACGAGGCAAAAGCGACCAAGAUUCAUGAGCAAACUGCGGUCAGCACUCUUGACUUGAAUCUCGACGGGGCACUGAAUGGAGGCAUCCGACCUGGUCACAUUACGGAGUUGGUGGGGGAGUCUCGUACUGGAAAGACCACUUUCGCUCUGGGGCUGUUGCUGUCGGUCCAGCUUGCUCCGCCAGUUGGGCUGGGGAAAUCUGGUAUCUUUAUCACCUCUGAAGGACCUCUGAACACCAAGCGACUCAACCAGAUGCUAGCCUCAUACGCCGACCUCCUGCCCGAACAACGACCGUCACUUGAUCAGAUUCAUACGAUCACUGUAACUGAUCUAGAAGCGCAGGAACAUAUCCUUCGGUACCAACUACCCGUUGCGGUUCCGCGGUAUAACGUCGGACUGGUGGUUUUGGAUUCGGUCACCGCAAAUUUCCGGGCGGAAUACGGCACCCGCACAGCUGCUCAACUGGCUGAGCGAGCUGCUGAAUUGACCAAUCUAGGGAACACGCUGAGACAAAUUGCUGUCGAACACGAUGUCGCGGUCGUGGUCACGAAUCAGGUGUCGGAUCGCUUCGACGACUCUAAACAUCUCUUUCGUUCCUCGCCAGCAACGGCCUCUUCUCCAGCCACGCCUUCGGAGAAUCUGCCUCCCGCAGUGGCAGAGCGUCGACAGAUGACACAAAGCCUGGAUCACCAACAGCGCUUCUUCACCGGAUGGGGGGAUGACAAAGGGACCACGCAGCACGAGCAGAUGAAGACCCCAGCCCUCGGCUUAGCUUGGGCUAACCAGAUUUCUGCUCGCAUUGUCCUUAAGAUGGAAAGUGAGCGACAGGAAUACGUGGGGGGCAGCAUUUGGAAAGACAAGAAGCCCAGUCGGACCUUUGCUGUAGUCUUUGCUCCAUGGGCACCUACCACUAAACCACCAAUUCGGUAUGAAAUUGCAGCAAGGGGUAUUGUAUCGACCGCGGAACCCGAAAAGCUCGUGGAAGCACCCAGAGUAGCACAUGAAGGGCAUGCGGAAUUGCUGGACGAGACGCUCUGGGCCACAGAUGAGGACGAGGAGUUCCCGUAA